AGUCACUGAAACAUUCCAAACUCAAAAUACUUCCUGCAACUGAGCAUAACUUACUCAGUCUGCGGUCUCUCAGCCAGUUAGUUCGUUCGCACCAAUCCAACUACAAUGUCAUCCCCAAGACCAACACGGCACAGAGCUUUUGUCACUCCUGGCUACUUCGAGGGUUAUUUAGAGAAACUAGAAUCUAAGAACAAGAAAUACAAGAAGUACUGGGCUGUGCUAAGAGGGAACCAUCUUUAUUUCCAGGUGACAUGCCGGGAUCCAAUGUAUAUUGAGAAAAUCAAUCUUGAUGACUUUGUAGCUGUAGUGAGUGAGGACAGCCGUGACACAGAUCUGCAAGCAACCAACUUAACACUGAAGCUGAAGCAAGGAGAUGUUAAAUUAAAGACAGAUAGCCUGGAGAGCCGAGAGCAGUGGAAAGGCUUUAUUCACACGGUUGCAAAGCUGGAGAUUCCCAAACUGGAUCUCCUUCCCGGACAGUUUCAUAGACUUAAGGAGGUACUGGAGGAAGAGAUAAAACAACGCAGGAAGUCGACACCUCCACCACUCCCAGCACGACCAGUAACUCCAGACCCUGUUCAAGAUGUCUAUGAUGAUGUGGAAAACCUGCCCAGUUGCUAUUAUAAGAUCUCACGGGUUGAGGCUGAGGUAAUGUUGGAGAAAAACGUGGAGAAUGGAAACUUCUUAAUGAGACCAGGCAGUGAUAAGAAGAGCAUCGCAAUUACAACACGGCAAAUGUUCAAACACAAACCACUUGUAAAGCAUUACCGGAUCCGCUGUGCAGAAAAUGGAUAUGUAAUUGAAGUCGAGGGUGGAAUCUUGUGCAGCAGUAAGCAGGAAGUAAUCAAUUAUUUUGUUCAACACACCAAUGGAGUUUUGAAGCCUUUGGAAAGAUCAAUGGACUACGAAGUCAAUAUGAGUUUUGUGCAGGAAGAUGCUGAGAGUGGUGAAGUGAUCCAUCAGAAGCCCCUAAAAGCACCAACCAACACAUCAGCCCCAGCAGUGAAUGAAGAGAAACCAAGUCGAAAGAUUCCUGAAAUAGCAGAACCAGAAGCAGAGUACUUCAAUGAUUAUGAAAUUGAGAAGCUGAAUCAAGUCAAAGUACAACCAGUACACAAGGAGGCACUAAUGCCACCGUAUCUAAAACCUCAGACACAGACAGACUCUUCCCGCUUCAGUACUCUCCUUGGAUUAACACCAGCUUUAUCCAGAGGUGCACUAAUGCCACCACGUUCAAAAUUAGACACACAGGCAGAGCCUUCCGGCUUCUGUACUCUUCCGAGAUUAACACCACCAGCCAUUGUCAAUAGUGAGCUCCAGUUAAAGUUGCAGCGGAGAAGGGCAGCAAUGAAUGAUAUUCUUCCCAAUCCACCUCUCAGUGAUCCAAAGAAGCAGUGAAGCAUGGAAAUGAGAUUUGGGUAGAAUGAAGUUUAAACAUGUAGCACCUGGACAUUGCAAUGUGUGAGGUGUCAUUGAGUUCUCUUUUGGAUAAUAUCAAACUAAACCUCUUCACAAAGUGUAUAAUCACAAAGUGAUUCCGAUACCUUCAUGAACUUUGGUAACUGUCAUUGCUGCAUUUCCUAUUUUAUGGCAGUUAAGUAAAAUGUUUAAUCAUACAACCUGGAUUGUACUGUGAAGCGCAACAAUGGGAUGAUUGUGUUGCUGUUCUUUUACACUUAGUUGAACAAGAUACAAACAUUAAAUUUUGAUGGUGAGAUUGUAGACGCUUGUGCCAAUUCUUUGCAGAACCUACCUGAGUUUAAUUCAGGCUCAUACUUUGAUGUAGAUAGGUUAGUAAUCAUGAUGGUGUAUUUACCAGAGAAUUUGAGACUCUCUCAGACUGCGAUAGAUGAGUUGAAGUUAAAACGAGCUUUGUGGGCCCACCUUGCUAUCUUAAUUUAGUGUGAAUUUCACUGUUCAACUGGCAUAUGUGGUCAACUUUUAAGAUAGACGAGGGAUGUGGUAGUGGUCCUUAUGUGUGAGAUAUCUAAAAGUAGCAUGCAAAUCAAUAAUGAAAAGUUAAUAGAUUCGAUGACUUUUCUCAUUCUCUUGUAUCUUGUCAGUGGGAAAUGAAAAGUGUACACAAACUGGAAUAGAUUGGUGGAAGGGAGAAAAAUCUCACUUAAAGGUGAAGGAUGAGCAGUGAAAGAAUGGGUUUCGCCACUAGAGUGCAGCUCCUUCUUAACACCAAUGCUUGCAUCAUGUUAAAAGGUUGUUGUGCAGGAGUACAUGUGGACAGUAAUGUUUGCUUUAUAACAAAGCUGAGCUAAGUAACCAGCAGUGCUGUGAAAAUCGACCUCGAAAUGUUUUUAAACAUUGUAUACACUUUAUGUUAAGCACUUUUAUAGGAUUUAAUAUGAAUUUUGAAUGUAUUCAAAUAGGUUGAAAUUAUAUUUAGUAGAUCACAACAUAGAACAGACUUAUUUUGUUUUUUCACAAGUUUCCCCCAAUCCCCGGGACACAAUGCAGUGACUCUUGUUAAAAAUGGUUUCAAGUGUGUUGAUACCCAACCCUCACAUUCAGUGGCUAUUGUUUAUCUGUGAUCUUUAACAGUAUCACUGGAUUUUUUCAGGUGGAGAACAUUAAAGAACUACCUGGACCCAUCUUUAACUAAUAAAAUCUAGUCCUGUCUUCAUCCAGACUUGUAGCAUUAACAUUAUAAUUACUAAGAAUCCUCCAUAAUUGUUCUGCCCUAAGUCCAGGAGCAUUGAGACUAAAUAUAUCGAACCUCUAUUGUUGUCCUGGCUGAAUUGAGUGACCACUGUGCAAAUCAUUGAACCUCUGGCCUAUAUGACUUACUUACAAUCCACAAAUUGUCAUUUAUAGGGAGCAGGAUGGAGCAUCUGUAGUUAACACUAUAAAAGCAAAUGUUUCUGUAUACAUUUAUGGAUUGCACUAUUCUGUAUUUAAUUGUAACUAUUUUGCAAAUUGUUAACGGAGUGAAAAUAAAAU